AGUAUACAAAGAGCGGCUCUGUAUGUGUUGGAGAAUUACUCGAAGGAUUUCCCUGUCUACACUCUGGAGCCGAAUGGCCGAAAGUUGGGCAAAUCUCCUCGUCACUCGGAGGGGAAAGGCGUGGAUGGCCUGGGGCGCAGCACAGCCAGCCAAUCACAGCUCAGCUCUUCCAACUACAAAGACCGCUACUACGAAGACAUAGAAUACGAGCGCAAAAUCCGCAGACGCCGCGCCAGGCUGGUGGUCGCUGUGCACCGCGCCUUCUCUCAGGUGAACUCCUUGGAUGACAGCAUGAAAUCUUCCCAAGCUUUACCACCAAGAGAGACCGCCCAGAGCAUCUUCCCCCUCAUCGCGCAGUGCCUGCAGCGCUACCUCCGUACGACGCGGCAGGCCCACCGGUACACCAUGGAGGCCAUCAUCCAACACCUCAGCCAGUGUCUGACCCACAAUAUGUCCGCUCAGGCCUUCCUGGAGCAGUAUCUGCGGCCGGGGCCCACCUGCCAGUACCCCGGGGCCAACGUGGAUGAGUGGACAUUGCUGAGCGAGGAGUCGGUCACUGGGUCCCUGCACUCCUCUCUG